ACGCGUGACGUAUCGUCUCUUGUCCAGUGACACCACCCUGGCUGAGGUCGUCCUCGUUACAUACUGACCAACCCUCUUCGACCGAUUUCCUCUCUUUUACCCUCUCUCUGUUUAUCUGCAGCAAAACAUGCGUGCCCCCAGUCUUGCCAGGACCGCUUCCCUCUUGAUUACGCUCGGCAGUGGGCUGACCCACACAUACCUUACUCUCCGACUUGCCUCACUCUGGCUCGACUAUCGCCCUUUUGACGGAGACGCUGAGCCGGCAGGCAAGGUCGACGGGUUGCGCGUGCUGUGGGCGUUGCUAGGGCUGUAUACUUUCGCGGGUGCGACAUUGUCAUAUAUCGGACUGCACGGAGUGAUCAAGAACAAGGCCCCCCAAGUCCGUCUCUACCGCGACUGCGCGACCGCCGACCUGGUCUUCACCUCCUUCCUCACGGCCCUCGCCUGCCUAGCCGCCUGGUCGCCGACGCGCACGGCGUGCGAGACGCCCCAGCUCGCGCCGCUGCUGAGUCUGAUCCUCCCGACCCUCUCGCUCAUCGACGAGUCGUGCGAGCGCGCGCUCGCGCAGGCGACGGUCAUGCUCGCUGCGGGGAUGCUCGUGCUCACGGUCGCCAGGACACACUGUCUGCUCGCGGUGCGCAUGUACUACACCGCUCUGCUCCGCUCGAGCGAGGGCAAGCACGCGGAGUUUGAGGGGCCCCGGCAGAUCAGGCUGCUCCCGUUGCCGAGUGGGAUGGAUGCGGGCGAGGUCGUGUAUGCGCCUGUGCACCUCCCGGCGGACGCGGCGCCCCAGACGGAGACGUGGAUUCGCGCGACGGAGGCUGCGGUCUUUGCUGCCGAUGCGGGCCUGCUUGACGUUGAGGAUGUUGACUCAAAGCGGGAUUGGAUCUGAAGGGAAGGCUUCUUUCUGCUCAUCGUGUGAAGCAAUACCCUACUUCCCUCUAUCUAUUGGACUUGUGUCUUAUGAGUACUACUACGGUACUGUAUUCUUACUAAGAUAUUCACUCGCCUGCUGCCGCUAUUUUCGCACGCGUUGUUCUUGA